UACAGAGCCAUGGACCUUGCAGUCUCAGUCUUGUGAUUGUAGCUUGACUCUGAACUCUACUUUGUGCCAUGAGAGGACUCUUAAUUCUAGCAGUGCUGUUCCAGGGGCUGUUUGCCACCGACCCCUCAUUCUAUAAGCUUAAUGCAAGCGAGAAAGCUGAUGAAGCAGAAUACCUGAUUAACAAACUACACCAUCAUGGAUACAAGUUCAAACUAUUCAGCUACACAGAGGACGUGAGUUUACUAGGUCUGCCUUCAUAUCAAACUUUACUGGUAUUGACGUUAAAGGAGACCAAGUGCCAUAUUGUGAACCCCAAGCCUUAUAAUGAAUGCGAGGAAAGGAAGGACUAUGAGACACCAGUAAUAGCAAAGUGCAAUGUCACGCUCUGUGAUGGUGGGGAAAAACCAGGCAUUGCACAGUUAAUCUGCGAUACUGAGCCAGCUUCAAGUGAACAACUACUACGCAGCUGCCCUGAUUGCCUGACUCUUCUGCCCUUGCAUGAUCCUCAGGGCUUGGAGAGUGUAAAAGCUGCCAUUGAGAAGUUCAACAAGGAGUCCAACCAAGCCUCCUAUUUUAAACUAUUAGAAGUUGGCAGACUGAGUACCCAGCAUAACAUGAAAUUUGGAAUGUCCAACUUUGCUGAGUUUGCCAUAGUAGAGACUGAGUGUUCAGACAAUGUGAAAAAUGAAGAAAAACCUGCUUGCAAGCAAAAAUGUCCCAAUGAAGCUCAUCAUGGAUUCUGCAAAUCCACGCAACUUGGAAAUGGUGACUUGACUGUAAACUGUGAGAUUUAUGAUGUCCAGAACACAACACAUCACCCACAUCCUCCAUUCCAUCAUGGAAAGCACUGUGGGCACCAUGGAAGACACCCACACCGUCCAGGGCAACAUGACCAAGGGGAACAUGAAAGACGUCCAGGGCACCAUGAGCGAGGGGAACAUGAAAGACGUCCAGGGCACCAUGAGCGAGGGGAACAAGAAAGACGUCCAGGGCACCAUGGGCGAGGGGGACAGGAGGAAGGAGAGCUCUUAACCCGUCCAGGACACUCCAAACGUCCUGGUAAGCCUGAGCAUCCAGUGCACGCCAACCCCAGCGGUCCACCAAGCCGUCCAUUCUGUUUUACUCGUUCAAAUAGAAGUCGUUUCCAUAGAGGUCCUCAUCAUCAUGGCGGUCCUCCUCAUCAUGGAGGUCCACCACAUCAUGGGGGUCCUCCUCAUCAUGGAGACCACGGAGAACAUGGCCAUGACCACAAGAAACCACACCCUAAGCCCAAUCGACCACCACAGCAAGGGGUGCCUGAUGGUCAACCUACCCCUCCAGGAUCCGAGGAACACCUAGAUUUCUCUUUCCCGCAAUGCCAUGGUGCUGUGAAAAUACCACCCUCCAUCCAUCCUAUCUGCCCAUUCCCUCCUUCAUUCCACAGGAGGGGUCAUCAUUAAUAUUUAACUUUGCAAAGGAUUUGUCUUUCAUACAAUCUGAGGUAGAAAUGUUAAGACAAAACGCAAUUUCAAUAAAAUAAAGCUUCUGGUUUACACAAUGCCACAAGUGGUUUUGUUCAACAACUGAAAUGGUAUAUGAAAUAAACCUCAUUUAUUACCAUCCAA